AUGAUUUUUCAUUAUGGCUGUUUGGCAUAUGAUAUUGACAGCGAGGUUUGCCUGGAAAAACCCUUUGAAUUUGCAUUAAGCAGGACAGAUUGCCGGUUUACAUUAGCAGAAGCAAAAUAUUGGUUAAAAUCAGAAACUGGCUACUGUUCUAAAAAAUGCCAAGUAAAAAUUAACAACUUAGAAAGUGAAGCAUGGAGUUACUAUAAUCACGUUUAUUACACAGUUUACUAUCAACUUACAUCGUUAACGCUUAGUUUCAAUGAUUUGGGCGAAAAAGUAACGACGAUCCACAGUAGAUGUUACAGUAGUACUUCGUAUGAAAAGAAAACGAUUGAAAUUAUUUGUGAAACAGGUUUCGAGAAUGUUGUUAACACCUCAAAAGAUCUGUGUAUAUCAACUGCUGAUUGUUGGGAUGCAUCGAAGACAUGUUUGCAAUCAGCGGAAGGACAAAUUGGCGUUUGUAUAUGCAAAUCUGGGUAUAUAGGAUUUGGAAAAACGUGUCUAAAGGAAAAUUUAAAAUUAAACGAAAAGUGCCAGCGCAAUGAGCAGUGUUUUAUGGUGUUUGGCUCGGUUUGCCAGAACGAUACAUGCAGCUGUAGGCAAGUGUCACACCUAGAUUUUGACUGUUUUUAUAUUUUUUGUAUAAAUCCAUUCAGUCGCAUAUAA